AUGGCUUCCACCGUUGAGAUGGGAGAAGCUGUAGACAGGCAGAAGCCGCAGCUUCCCGACGACGUCCUCCAUUACAUGCUCUCCUUCGACAUCCUACAACAAGAAGACUUCCUUGCCUGUCGGCUGGUUUGCCGUGACAUGACUCCCGUGGCAACGUCAUUCGUAUUCCGACAUGUUCGCUUGGAGGCGAUCCGUGUCAUGGAUGGCCACUUCAUGAACAUCGCUUUGUCACCAAGCUUGCGAGAUCAUGUCCGAGAAGCUACCUGCGAUACUUGGGUCGGUGGCCGCUUCGUCGAUCAUGUCUAUCACCCUUACCUCUUGCUGACACGCUUCGCGAAACACUUGCCUUGUCUGCGCUUCUUUCGCAACUUGCAUACACUGCAUCUACGGUUCAGCCCACACUGCGCAAAGCCUGGGCGUUCAACAUCCACGUACGCCUUGGAAGAAUCUACCGUCUUUCGGUACAGCGUUUUAGACACCGUGUUUCGGUGCCUUGAUGGGACGUGGUCUGCCAAAGAGCAGCAGAAAAUAGACUCGGAUUUGCGAAUUCACGGGGGCAUACUGACCAGUGAUUACCAUGUGUCUGACGACGAUGCUUUCGUCGACGGCCCAAUCCCCAUACACACUCUCACGAUAGCGAAUCUGGCGGACUAUGAUGACACUCGGCUGACAAAGUCGGCCGCGUUCCAGAAUGUCAUUAAUUCUGGUAACCUGAGGGAUCUAAAGCUCCUUAUUACCACGGGACGGAACAUAACAGUGACCGAUCCCGCUAUACACUAUAGAGACAGGCAAAAUAUGUAUGAAAGCCUGCCGACAACCUGGCUGUCUCCUGGCCUGGCACAACACCUGAGGGUCCUUUCACUCUACGGUGCUGGCUAUUGGGGCUGGCAUCCCAAGAUGGAUUUCCGGCUCGUGAAUCCCACCGGCGAAUCUGGCUCCGGAAUUCCCAACCUGAAAGUCCUGGCUCUGGGGAAAUACGUCUUCAGUCACGUGUGGCAAAUCGACUGGAUUGCAAAUCUGGGCAAGAACAAUAGGAACGGCGGGCUAGAGGAGCUCUAUCUCGACAACUGUCCCAUCCUAGCCUGCGCAGCAUACCCACCACCAAUGGACACGUCGACAACAAACCUAGGAUUAGAUGCCGAUGGCAAGGAGAUCAUAAUAUCCAACCAUGGCUACCCACGCCCCGAAGCAGAGGUCCACGACUACCAGGUGCCGGGUGAGACGGACCACGCAUUCUGCCUCCGCUGGUGCGACAUUCUCACUCGAUGGCAGGACACGAUGCCCUCCCUGAAGGUAUUCAAAGCAGACAAAGAGUCUUGGACCAUAGAAAAGACGGACCACGCGACACCCAUGUAUGGAAUCCGUCCGGAACGCGAGCUCCUAGCCCACCGUAGGAACCACAACGAGUUCCGCACCUAUAAUUGUCCUUCACCGCCUGAGGAGCGAGCUCUUGCCGAAAAGUAUAUGGGCGGAUGCGUCACUCUCUGGCUCAUGUUCAGGACGCCACUCGUGACACACCCUGAAUUUCCGCUACACUACGUCAAGUUCGAUAGGGAACUUAACCCGAGUGCGCUGCUUGGACUGAGUAGAUACAGCCCGGUGUGUGAUUUGCAGGUGGUCAGUCGAGCGACUCGUGAGUUGGAUAUGCAGGUUUGCACGUUAUUUCUGGCGAAUCUUGGGCAUCGUGUGAAGUCAAGUUUGGCGUCUUUGUGGUUCGGUGAUGAUUAG